UCCACUGACUUUGGCUCCCCACAUCUCACGGACCAUACACACAGUCCAGAAGGUACGUUGGCUGAUACCGGGUUGACUUUUUAUGAUGAACUUCAGAUGACGAGUCUGAACUGUCGUGGCGAGGCUUCCUCGUCAUUGCUUUCCUUGACGACAUCCAAAAUUUAUACCAUUCAUGCUUUACUGAUAUUGUCUCCUCAUGAGUUCAAUCUGCAUUGCAUGCUGACACAAAUUCUUUUCUAGACUCACGACUAACACGCCUGACAUAAAUGGCACCCAAGGAUGAAGAGGAUUGGUCAGACUCGGAUGAGGAGGUGGGAUCAGAUGAUGAGACCGCCGUGCAGCUGGGUAUCCCAGACGGGUCCAUCGAGUCCCCUGCGGACCUCCGCGACCCCAUGAUCUCGCGCAUUGGCGGGCAUCCUACGUUCCUCGCCGCGCCCGAACCGCCAACCGAAUAUGCGCUUUGUGGGAAUUGUGCACAGCCAAUGCAACUGCUCGUGCAGGUGUGGUGUCCAGUCGAGCAAAGUCCCAACGACCGGGUGCUGUACGUGUGGGCAUGCCCACGAGGUCCGUGCCAGAAGAAGGACGGGAGCGUCAGAGCAUGGAGAAGUCUCCGGCACAACAAGAAGUAUGCGAAGAAACUAGCGCAAAAGCUCGCAAUGCAGAAAGCAAAAGAGGAGGCAGAGACAAAAGCUGCCGAAGAAGCCGCCCGCAAGAGCGUUCCGAAAGCCAACCCAUUUUCUAUGAAGUCCGCAGGUCUGUCAAAUCCCUUCGACCUCGGCGCACAGGUUUUCGGCGGCGGCGCCGCCGCAUCGACGGAACCACCAGCACGGGCGGCGAGCUCCGAAGCGGACGCUUCGUCAUCAUCGGGCGAAGAAAGUGACGAGCACGACGAAGAAGACCUGGCAACCCGCAUGGCCAGCGCCACACUUGACGGCUCAAAUUGGGCUUCCCUUCCCGCGUAUGAGCCACUGUAUCUAUCCACAAUAUCCGAAUACUUGCCACCCGUUAAAAAAGUCAAAGUUCCGGCCGGUGAAGAAUAUGUCGAGGAAGACGACGGAAAGAAGAGCAAAGAUACAAGCUGGGCUCUCGAAGGAUACGAGAACUCCAUAGAGGUCGACCAUGCCUUCGAGCGUUUCACAAAAAGGGUUGGAUACGAAGGCGAACAAUGCCUGCGAUACGAAUUGGGAGGCAUCCCAUUACCUUUCUCGAGCGACAGCGUGUUCGACAGGCUCUUCCCAAAGCCCUCUGCUCCGCCGCCGCCGGUGACCAAGUCUGCCUUCAUGGUGGUACCAGCGCAAAAGCGGAUAUAUAAUGCGUCGGUGCUCGCGCACUGCCGCCACUGCCAUGCGCCGCGGGUAUUCGAGUGUCAGCUGAUGCCGAACCUCAUCAAUGUGCUCAAGACGCCCGCAGCAGGCGGCGCCACGCCGCAGCAGAGCGAUGAGGAACGACGGCAGGAGGUGCUGCGCGUACUCAAGGGGGAGCGGGUGGCAGAUAGGGUCGGCAUGGAGUGGGGGACAUGCAUGGUGUUCUCGUGCGAGAAGGAUUGCGCGGAGGACGGUGCGCCAGUCUCCUGGCGCGAGGAGCUCGUGGAGGUGCAGUGGGAUGACUAG